CUCUAGUCAUGGGAAUGUAUAAACAGAUGCAGCUCCACACAUUUCACUCUCAAGAAGUUCUAAGUUUAAUGACUUUUGAGGAAGACUAAAGCAGGGGCUGCAUUCUCUGAAGAGUUUAACAGGGUUACGUGUCACCAGCCACUUUAUCCAUAAUGUUAGUAAGAAAUGCUUGUUCAAUUUCUCCAGGCUCCACAGUAACAGCAGGAACGGAGAUACCAAAUUGAAGAACCAGAGAAGCAGAGAUGGAAAAACAUGAUACUAAGAUCAAAAUCAAAGACAUUUGCUGCUAAAUCAAGGACACUGCUAGACAUGGACGCUGGAAACCUUACGAAUUCAAGCAUGAACAGCACGGCCUCCGACUACAACAGUGUUUUUACAAAGACACUGCUGCCUCUGCUUUACUCCUGUAUUUUCCUGGCUGGGCUCAGUUUAAACUGCCUGGCAGCCUGGAUUUUCUUCAAAAUUCCAAGUCAGACCAGUUUUACAGUUUAUUUCAAAAACAUUGUGGUGGCCGACCUGUUCAUGACAGUGUCUUUCCCCUUCAAGAUUGUCAACGACUUCGGCCUGGGGAGCUGGUAUCUGCGGGUUGUGGUGUGCCGUUACACAGCCGUCAUGUUCUAUUUAAACAUGUACACGGGGAUCAUUUUCCUUGGGCUGAUCAGUUUGGAGCGCUAUGUCAAAAUUGUGAAACCCCCCAGAGCCUCUAUCAUUCUGAAUGCCACGUUCUCCCAAACACUGUCGACAGCAACAUGGAUUCUUAUUAUGAUCCUUCUGGUACCAAAUAUCAUUUUAACCAGCAAAGAGGCCACCGAAGACACUUCAAAGAACUGCAUUCAACUCAAGACUGACCUGGGCGUGCAGUGGCACAAUGUUUCCAACUAUGCCUGCAUAGCUGCCUUCUGGGUUGUUUUUCUGCUGAUGUUUUUUUGUUACACUUCAAUUUCGAAGACUAUCUACGAUUCUUACAAAAAGUUCAGAAGGGACAACACCAAAAGUAGAAGGAAAUCCAAGCGGAACAUCUUCAGUCUUCUUGUGGUGUUUUUCAUCUGUUUUGUGCCAUACCAUGCUUGCAGGAUUUUCUACACCUUAAGUCAAACUGUCGACAUAUUCAGUGAGCAGACCAAGUAUGUACUGUUCCAUAUAAAGGAAGGCACUCUGCUCUUAUCAGCGCUGAACGUGUGCCUCGAUCCUGUGAUUUACUUUCUCAUGUGCAAGACAUUUCGGGAGUUGCUUGUAGAAAGAUUUUCGAAGAAAGUAUCUGAUUCUAAGAGAAAGUCCCUGACUGCUCCUUACAGUGAAAGCGUAAUGUGAGGUUUACGGCUCAUAAUCCAAGGCAUUCAAUGUUUUACAAGUGCACAAGGCCUUUUUUUUUGUUUGUUUUAUUUUUAAAUGGAAAUCAAUACCCCUAAACACCACUGCCUGUUCUGGAACAGUGGUUAUU